UGGCGAGAAAGUCUAAAUCGUCAAUUGGAUCAGGUGAACGUCAAUGAUCAGUGGGGGUUUGUCAAUUGAGUCGCGUUCGUGAUCAUGGUGACGGAUGUCGACGAAGCUGAUGGAGGGGUCAAGCUGAGACACUGGAUUCUGGUAUGGGUGAGCAUGUGAAUAUGGAUUGGGGGAGCGCAGACACCCGCAUUCGCCAACGGAAAACCUGGUCGGGUCGUGGUGCUAUUCUUGAUCGCAAUCGCCAGAUGAUCGUUUCACGGGGAGAGAGAGGGUCCGAAAAUGAUGGUGGUCUGGAUGUUUCCUCGUCUGAUACUCCUGCUCGGGAGAUGAGAGGGAGGGGACAGAGCCGGGUCGUGUGGUCACAACGUGGCGAUGGUGAUACGUUCGCAGGACACGUGGAGGGUUGUGAGCUGCGAAUGCGAGGUGAAGUUUUUACAGUAGCAUGGAGAAAGCUGGCUUUGCAACACGUCGACCAAAUGAGGCAACGCCAUGGCAAGCCGAAGAAAGUCGUCCGGCAGCCUCAAGUUCUCAACAUGUUCCUUUUGGUCCGCGGGCACGGCAAUAGCAUUGAUGGGAUGGAUGGGACAUUUCUGGCAAGCAAUGCGGGUUUGGGGUCCAUGGUUGGGCAGAGGUGUGUGGAGGAGGAAGAGAAAGGCCAAUUGAUGGUGCCAACACGGAGGGUGAGCUGGAUUGCAGAGAGGGCAGAGCAGAGUGUGUAG